GUAUAUAAGAAUAUACUUCUUACGAAAGAAUCUUUUCUUCAUAAUUUAUAUAAUAUUCAAUAUAUUCUUUGGAAGAGGUAUUAAAUAUUAUUUUUGUAAGUUGUAACUGUUUUACGUAUAUCCGUAACCUCGUUAGUUAAUCUCUCCAAAUUCAAAUUGCAUAGAUUGAUGUAACGUAUUCGUUGAACGCACUUUUAGAGAUAAGAAUGUCAUGUUUUGAUAGAAAUUCAUCACAUAUCAUGGAACUUUGUGAAAUAGAAUAAUACAGUUUAGUGGAUGAUAAUUGUGCUUUAACUUUGAAUAAAGUCUAUAUAGUAAGUAUGUACGUGCACGAAGGAUUAAUCAAGUAACAUUGUUUCUGUAUGAUUUAGAUGUAAUUAAUGAAAGUUUAUGACGAUUGCAUACUGAUCAUGUUUAAUAAUAUUAUGCUAUGAGGAAUAUUUUUAUUUUUGUUAUAUUGUGUUUAUCUUUUGCAUUAGCAUAUGAAAAUAAAUUAUUGCAUUAUAUAACUGAUGAAGUUACAGGAAGUUCAUAUAAAUAUUAUAGUUUAUCAUAUGACGGUUUCAUUAAAAUAAUAUUAAUAUCUGAAAUUGGAGAUGCAGAUUUAUAUGUUUCACAAAUAACAACCAAACCAACAUUUGAUCCAGAUCAAAAUUGCCUGCAAUCUAUUACAUGUGGAGACGAUAUCAUUCUGAUCCCUGAUAGUUUUAAAAGACCUGUUAGCAUAGGGAUUUAUGGACAUCCAUCACAUGAGAACAGUACAUAUGUUCUUUUAGUAUAUCAAACAAGUGAUACUGAGCAUGUAUCUUAUGAGAAGAGUUCUCAAGCAGAUGGCAAUGAAAAUCAAGGAUCAUCGGUAUCAACGUUUAUUAUGUGGUAUCUGCUAGAUAUACUUUUCCAUAUAUUAUUUUAAUUUAUGUUGUGACCUAGCAUACCAUUUUGAUUAAUCAUGUUAGAAUACGAGAACCAAAUAUUUUUGGAAAUACUCCAUGAAGAUGGAUUAGUUAUUA